AUGCCUUUGAAAAAAACGCCUUUUUCAUUUAUUUCUGACACAAUUUCGAAUAUAAAAAAUGAAAAGAGGAAAUGCGAAACGGAUUCAUUAAAGAGAAUAAAUUCGUAUGAGCAUAUUAAAGAAUUAAAAGUACCCGAAUUAGGUAAUUUUAAAAUAGUCCGGGUUUUGUUAAAAGGGUUAUCAAGUACAUUAUGUUUAUGUCAGUGGAAUAUUGACUGUAGAAAAACUUUGGUUCUUUGUAAUUAUGUAAAGUAUAUAAAUAAUGAUAUAGUAAGUUGGAAUAUAAAAAUAGAUGAAACAAAUAAAACAGACUUAGAUAGCUGCAGCAUAAAAACAGAGAACAGUAUAAAUAUUUCUUCAACUAAAGAAAUAUCAUACACAGAAAGAAUGUUAGGUUGUUACAGAAAUGGUAGGAAGCAAAGCGACAACCGUGCGAGUGAAGCAGAAAUUUGUAAUUAUGAGUAUAUAGGAAUGGCUAAUUUUUUUACAAAUGAUAAUGAAAGAACAAAUGAAGACGACAAGGGAGACUACAAGGAUGACUAUAGUUGGCAUGGUGGUAAAGAUAAUCAUUCAAGUAAUAACAAUUCAAAUGGAAGCAACAAUGCUGAUACAAGCAACUAUGUCGGUGCAAGUAGCCAUGUAGAUGCAAAUAGUCAAGUCGGUGGAAAUGGUAAUAUGAACGAUUAUCGCAUUGAUGAUGGGUAUAGCGAUAGCCUCUACCUUGAUAGAAGCAAUAGCAGUGAUGAAUACAAAAUAUUUCAUUUGGUUCUUAAAAUAAAACAUAAAAGAUUAUACUAUAAAAAAAGGGAUAUUGAUGAACUAAGAGAAGAAAUAGAAAUACAUAAAAAAUUAAAACAUAGUAAUAUUUUACAAAUGAUAUUAAGUGCAGAAGAUGAGAAUGAUAUUUGGGUGUUUUUAGAAUAUUCUUCCAUUGGGGAUUUAUAUUCAUAUGUAGGUUUCAAUAUAUUACAAGAAAAAGAAGUUAAAAUAAUUGUAAGCCAAAUUUUAUUUGCUUUAUACUAUCUUCAUAUUAAAGGAAUAAUACACUGUGAUAUUAAACCACAGAACAUAUUGCUCUUUCAGAUAGAAGAAUCAAUCUUACAUGAUUCUGAUGUUUUAUCGGAUCUAGAAAUGCCACAUCAUAGUACUAUGUGUAAAAAACUAAACUUUAAGAAAUUGGUUAGUUCGAUAAAUGAAAAUACAGCAAAUAGUCCAAACAGUAAUACUUUUAAAAGUAUCAUAAAAAUAGGAGACUUCGGAUUAUCAGUAAAGUGUGCAUUUGAUCAAUUUUAUCCUUACAGAGGAAUUAAAGGAAGUUAUGGUUUUAUUGCUCCUGAGUUGUUUCAAGAAUGCAAUUUCAAUAACAAAAUAGAUAUGUGGGCAUUAGGAAUAAUUAUCUACGUCCUCCUAGGAGGAUACAAACCCUUUUAUCCUUGUUCUAAAUUUGAGGAAAAAGUGACAUUCCACGAAAGAUAUUGGUUUAACAUAUCGCCAGAAGCUAAGAAUUUUAUUCAGUCACUAUUACAAAUUAACCCAUCGAAAAGGCUGAAUGUGAUUGAAGCUAUAGACCACCCAUGGAUAAAGAAUUAUUUUAUCAGCACGUAG